AUGUCAAGUAACUACCGGUACAUUUCGAAACCCUCUGAAUUGUUACAUUAUUAUUCUAAAGAAGAAAUAAUAACACAGAAAGUAGAAUUUAUUUCCGUGCUUACUAGAAUAACGUUCUCUUCGUCUGCAGAUUCGUUAUUAUAUCUACAAAACUUUGAACAUGGUAGAGAAGACAAAGUUCCAUACAUCGCAAGACUGGCAUGCAAGAAUUCUGAACAAGUUCGAUUGGUGAGGAUGGUGCUACAACUUUUGUUUAACAACUUUGGCCUUGAUAUCAGUAUCUCUGAUAGUGAUCCCGGCUUUGACAUUGAUAACAUCUAUUAUAAAAGACUAUGUUUUGUAAGAUGCAAGGGUACAUUGGUUACCAAUCAAAACAAGGGCAGUAUACUAUUGCAUGAAAUUCUUAGCAUUGAUAUGAAUAAGGAACUUAGCAACGAAAAUGUAAGCUCCAGGAAAUUGUCUGCGGUUGACUGGGCAGUACUCAACCAAAUAGUUGAUAAUUUGGUUAAAUUAGACAAGCAUAUUAAUCAUGAAUUCAAGAUUAAGAAACUUCUGAACUGUACCACGAAAUUCCGCGAGUAUCUGAAGUUCAGAAUGCAGCGCCUAGAGUCAGCUCAUAUGCAUGUUAACCCAAUGUUUGGCAUGAAUAAAUCCCUUUAUGUGCAAGAAUCACAAGAUGAGUUUAAUUCUCAGAGAGAAGAACCCUACUUUAACUCAAUUGGAGGAGGAUAUGGUGGAUUUUACAUGCCCAAUUCAAUGACUAACCUUGAGGAUAGUAUUGUAGAUAAUGAUCCAAUUGAACAUACAGAUCACAUGGCUUCUGUCGGAUGCCCCACAUUGGGAACUUCAAAACCAACAAGUGGUGUAAAUAAUAUGACAUCCAACAAUGAAUCUCAAUGUGGGAUGUUUUGCCCUAUUACAGAAAUAUUGUCUAUUCAUGAAAAGAGGAAACCAGGAAGUCUACCCAUAAACCAUGACCAAGAUAACUAUUCAACAAGUUUAUCUAUGUCAACUAUAGGCGAGGUAGAAUCGUCUAAUAAAAAACGUUUUUUGAAUUCCGCUACUAAUUCUGCUCCGGUUACUUCUAAAAGGAAAAUGCGGAGUGUUAAUGGCAUUAAAGAGCAUCCUCUCUCUACUGAUACUCUAGCUGAAGUAGAACUCAAUACGAAAUUCUCGGUUACUUGCAAAGUAGCGGGGAUUAGACCAAAUAUUUUUGAAGAGUUUACUUCAACCAAUAAUUCUCUCCUGAUAUAUUUACCCGUCGAUAAUACCUUUGAUCUAUCGUAUAUGGAUCCUAACAAAAACUGCAUUGAAAUAUACUCAUCAGAUGCCAAAUUUUUAUUUGAAAAAUGUGAUAUUGAUGCGAGUUUAUCACAUCAAGAUGCAAUAUCUCAAUUAACGUAUAUCUUAAUGGAUUCAGAAAUCUCUGUAACCUUUAAAAAAGAAAAAUUGUUUUUCACUAAUUAUCAUUACACAUUUUGUUGGGAAUUAGAGGAUUUAAAAUUAAUGAACCAUGUUCCUUCUCAGGAAUUGUCCUCGCCAUCUCCAAAAGUGCAACUUCCUAAUAACAGUCUUCAGGAGGCUACCCAAAUACCUUUUCAAAGAGCGAUCACUAUUCCAAUUAAUGAGAUUACAUCCACCACGACAUGUGUUACCGUAUUUGCGAUGUUAAUUUGCGCUAAGAUUUCUUCUAAAUCUAAAGUGCAUCAUUUCUCUUUUACUGAUUUUACGUCAAACCCAAAUAUAGGCUGUAAAAUAGACCCAUAUCUGAAUGACUAUAGUAUCCGGUUACGAGAAAAUGAAUGUAUUUAUGUCAAGGCGUACCCGGAAUUCCUGGUCAAUUUCGAUAAGUUUACGGUAAAAUACUAUAACAGAAAACUAGUCGACUGUUACAAUGGUCGUGACGCUAACUUGACAAACUUUGGAAUGGUAUUCAGGCUUAAGUUAGACAUAAAAACAUAUAACAAUAAGCAUAAUGGGAUUGUAAGGGACGUACUACUGGUAACAAACACUACAAAGUUUUCUGCAGUAGAGGAAAUAUUACUUCAGAAAUUCUAUGCACGAGCCUUUGAAAGGAUCCCACAAAAGUGUUUCUAUCACAAUUACAAACGGUAUGGUAUAUCUUUCCCAAUCGAUCUGCUCGGACAAAACAUCAAGUCUCUUGAACCUAAAUGUACUACUUCUACCACCACUACCCCAAUUCAGCCAAACAUGGCGACAACCCCUACAUCAUCCGUCAGCGCAAAAAAAACAGUUCAAUCUCACAUUCCAACCAUCAACCAAGAUAUUAUAUCGUACAACAUUCAGCGAAUUGAAGAUGUUACUUAUUUCAACUCUACAGAAAUAUAUGCAAGCGGAAACCUGUAUCUAAUUAAAGCAAAAAUACUUUCCGCCACAGUCGAUGGCUCUAAGGUGACUAUGUACCUUACGGAUGAUGCGCCUCUUCGGAACAAAAUGAAUCCCAAUGAAGUCCUGAAGGUAGAAAUUUUAGGCAAGUCGAACAUGAACUACUUUUGCGGUGAUAGCGGAAAAACUCUAGAAGAAGAGCUCGAAGCUUUGAUAUUGAAAACCUUCAACUUUUUCCUUCUACCAGCAAAGAUUAAACUGUCGCCUACUACAAGUCUGCUAACGUGGUGCCCCGCAGAAUGUUCCCUAGAUGACUUAAAAUCACAGGCACAGUCCUCAGAUAAUCUUAUUAAGGUAGAAAAUACGAGCUCUUCAUGA